GUCAAAAAUUUCAACACCCAGGCAGUGUGAAGAGGACCUGAAUGUGGCAACAUGGCAGAGUGUGGCGAUGGAGACAGCAGCCAUGGGAGGCCGUACAGGGACCCAUGAGAGACUCUGGACUGGCAGCAGCGAUGAGGUGGCGGUAUAUGGGGCCCAUGGCAGAUUAGGGGCGCCUGGCAGCAGAUAUGGGAGGCCCGUAAUCUGCCAGCACCCUAUGUCAAAAAAUUCAAACACACCAGCAGUGUGAAGAGACCUGAAUGUGGCACAUGGCAGAGUGUGGCGAUGUAGACCGCAGCAAUGGGAGGCCGUACAGGGACCCAUGACAGACUCUGGACUUGGCAGCAGCUAUGA